ACGAUCCAAGACGGAACUCUGAGCUGAGUUCUUCGUAUUUCUAGGAAUGAAAGGACGCGGAUCAAUGCUGCGUCACGUCAUCUGCAUGUAUGACGUUCGGUACCAUAGCCACGUAAUGGAAUGAUACCCCCUAAUCACCUGCCGGCACUGGAGUAGGGCAUAAAAGGAUCACUGUCUCCAUCCAGUCGCCAAGGUGAAACUUGCCUUACAGGCACUGUACUGAGCAACAGCAACUUCGUGAAAACGCUUCCAAAGAACGGGGACCAAUCAGCUCAGAGCCUAGCAUUGUCGCACACUCGUUCCAAAAUUAAAUAUACAUCAUUGUGGCGUAUCUGAGCUUAAGAGCUCGUCAUAGUCAAGAGGUUUUUGACGUAUUCGCAGUCUGUGACCUAUCAAUCAGUGGCACGUCGGAAAAGAACUACUGUAGGACUUGAACUCCAGCUACAGGGGCCUCGAAGUCCCACCGGUGAUAGGAACACGCUUGAGACGGGAAGGCAGACUACUGGACGUGUCUCUAUAGCGGAGGUCCUGCGACAUCUGUGAGUCAAAAUUGCAGCGACAGUCCUGACAGCGGUUACAGUUUCAGCGAAGAAACGUUGAUCUUAUUUCCCGGCUUCAGUAAUCAAUAGCUGUUAUGGGCACUGGACAGCAUUGAGCUGACAAAUUUCAGAACACUUUUGGGCAUCUUUCCGACAUGAAAAGUGCAGGUAGCGUCUACCCACUAAAGUCUCAUGUUGAGAACUUUGUGGGCGAUCCGAAGGUGAGUUAUCGGAGUGCGAAGGAUUAGGUGAGAGGAAGCGAAUUGUUGCGCUACAUCUACUUGCGUCUUUGGCAUUAUUCAUGAAUACAGAAUUGGUUGAUUCUCGAGCAAGCAAGUUGUGGAUUAUGUCUACGACGAUCAAGGCACGAGCUGAAGCAGUUUUUGUUCUUCCUUCAUAAAAUACUGCAUUAUGAAGCAAGUGGAGGGGACAUGUUUAUUUUGCUCCCCAUUGACAUGAAUACAAACAAGGCACGUUCAUCUUUCGGUAGAAAAGGAAGAACGUUUACUUAUCGUGAUCUUGAUUACGGAGGGAUUGCGAUCGAACCAAAAUGCCGUUAGGUCAUGUCCAAGAUGGCGAUCAGUCGCAUGAACAGUCACAGCCCGAGGAAUCGGAAAAAUGUGCUAUUUCCGUGAGAGCGAAAGUACCUGGAGAAUGGAGCAAUUCAUGUUUGUCCAGCAGGACAGUGCCCAUUCUUGCCAUUCUGAUUAUCUACACUAUGUUCCUUCAAUUUCAACCUUCGGAACCCUACUUGGUGCCCUACCUCACUCGAGUCAAGCUAAUAAGCAACGAGGAGGUGAACAUCGACAUAUUUCCAGUUGGAGUUUAUUCGACCCUUUUCUUCACUUUGUUAGCUGCUCCGGCGUGUCACUUCUUCUCUUAUCGGGCAGUAAUUAUAAUGGGUACAUUUGGCAAGUUAGCAACAUUCUCAAUUUUGUUCUCUGGGAAGUCAUUGUUCUCAAUGCAGAUUACGCAGAUUACUUACGGAUUGGGUGCAGCGGCAGACUUGGUUUUUUAUUCAUACAUUUUCCUGCUCGUUCCUGAAAAGGAUUACCAAAGCAUGACGAGUUACACACAAGCUUCGACGCUCGUUUCGUAUAUGAUGGCUGCUGAACUAGGUCAGGGGUUAGUUAAUCAUGGUGCAUCUUUAGUGACUCUCCUUGAGAUAACCAUAUUAUCCGUGGCCAUAGCAUGUAUCAUAUCGUUCUUCCUCCCAAAAGAGGAUUCUGAAGCUCAAGAAUGGGGACUUCUGAAAAUCAAUCGUCUGCAACGUCAGGGAAUUCUGGAAAAAAUCCAAGAGACAUGGCGAGGCAGAAAUUUGCGUUUGCUUUCAUUCUGGUGGAUAUUUGGGACCGCUGGUUUUGCAAUGAUUCCAAACUAUGGUACCAGUUUGUUCGACGACAUUGAUUCAUCGUCCAACACCAAUGGACAUGUACUUGCAGCUUCUCAGGGAGCUGGAUGUCUUGGUGCGCUAGCGGCGGCUCAGUUAUCUGAUAUAGCAGCCCGAGGGGGUGGACUUGUUUACAUCGGUGGUUCUUUCUCUAUUGGCUUGCUGUGCAUCAUCAUGGCUUGGAGCCAUAACCUUAUGGUGACCUAUCCAUUGUAUGUGGCUGCUGUCGGCAUCAACCAGCUGCUUUUGUGCCUCGUGUACGUUCAAGCAGCAAUAUCUUUGUCAAAUCAGCAGUUCAUCCUCCUUUUCAGCUUCAUUGCUGUAGCCAGUCUGCUUGUGCAAUCUGGAAUUCAAGGAGUAGUUGUCAUGUUGCAGCUCUCAAUUACCAAACAAUUCUAUGUCUUCGGAGGCUACUGUAUGGCUGUAGGAGUUGUUUUUGGGAUCUUGUGCUUCUGGAAUUAUAUGAAGACCGGUACAGUAAAGCUUGUUUCUACUGAUGAAGAAAGAGAAGUCCUCCUGGCAGAAUAAAGUCAGUGGCAUGCAUCUGUUGUAAUCAAAGUACUUCCAGUUAACAUCAGAUCACUGUAAGAUCAUUGUCCCAAUCUAUCUUACAGGUUGGAAGCUGACACAAUACUCGCUGUAAGAGAACCGAGUACGCACUCGAUUAUAAAAUAUAUUGCUAUGAACCUUGGCAUACGCAGGUGACCUAUGUCUUUCUGCUGAAGAAAUAUCUACAGGCAACAUAAAGCUGAAUUCUUACCAGAAUAAUUCGUAAUAUCGGAAAAUUGGCAUGCCUGAGCAUGGAGUAAUCGACGGGAAACAUGCCCUUCAGUACAUACUCGUUUCAGAUGUUCUUGUAUUGGAAUUUCUUGUAAAACAUUUGGUUAGUCCAAGUUUGUACUCUAAAGACGAUGAGCAGGUAGCUUUUAGACGAAACCAUGUAGUCUUGUCUUCUACAAUAUACAGCUGAUCUUGGAAGGUGGCAUAGAAAUAUCUUACCCGUUGUUAAGGUAUGGAGACUCCUCAUUGGUUAUCACAUAUAAAGAUGAA